AUGGCUUCGGAAGGGCAGCAAGAAGUCCUCGACGUGUUCGGGAGGCACCUCCCGUCCGUGGCAGCGGCAGCGGAAGCACCGGAAAAGCAGCAGGAGGACGACCGCCCUCGCAAGUGGUCCAAGCCGGAGGGCAAAGGCGGCAAGACGCCCGCCCGUGCGACCAGGAACAACCGGGGCUGGAGCAACUGGAACCAGUGGGAAAACAACGACCAGGCCAAGCUGACGGACCAAGUGUCGGGAGAGGACGUUCGCAACCUCCUUGCGCUCGUGACGAGACUGAGCCUCCGCCAGGAGGACGACCUGGCAGCCACCCGCGCCGACAACGCCUUCCUCUUCUACAUGGAGACGAGGACGAUCGGCACCUACCGCCCGAUCCCGUCAUUCACGAGCAACUUCUAUGCGAUCGCUCAGCAGUGGCAGCAAAUCAAGGACAAGACGCCGGAACGACUGUCCCUUUCCCUCCGGACAACCCUGCUCCUGGCCUACAUGACCGAGUUCCACGAGAGCACAGGCCCGAACCCGCCAUGCUGGACGUACUCCAAAUGGAGCCCGGAGCGGAAGGAGGCGAUCAUCGACACGAGCCGCACCCCAAUCACUCACUCCCAAGUCCUGGACAGUGUCGCUCGGCUCCUGAAGCUUUUGAGCAACUCCAGCUUGGUGCACAAGUUCAGGGCCACGCGCCCGCUGGCGGAGCGCUACGACUCCAACAUCCUCACCUUCCUGAUGACCGUGGCCACCAGAGGCGAGGAAGCCGACCAGCUGUUCGCGACAAUGCUUCUCCUCACCGACUGCAACGCGACCCGUCUGAUGUGCACCCGCAUCGCCAAGGAACGCCAGCGCCGCCAGCCAUUGGCGCAAGUGUUGUCGCAGGAAGCUCAGACGCUUCUCCGAGCAACCCAGCCCCGGGGCCGACCCUCGAGCGCACAGCCGGAGCAGGACAAGAUGGAGGCGACAGAGGCGGAGCGUCAAUCUACGGAGCGCCCCAUCUACGUGCCAGGCUUGCUCACAUGGGCGAGCCUCCUUCGCAAUUGGGCUCACCUGGCACAGCAGCAGGAUGCCUCCGAGUUCUUGGCUUUUCUUUUGCACAAGCUUCGCUCUGAUGCCUUCGCCGGCACUUGGGCCGCCAGGCUCAAUGAUGGGGAUGUCAUUGAGCGCAGGGAUCAAGGCGCAACCCCUCCACCGCUGCCCUUAGCCAUGCCAGAACAGGUGCAAGGAGUAACGCUACAACAAAUACUUAAUGACUGGCACGCGCAGGAAGCCACUUUUGCGCUGAUCAAGGCACCGCAAUUUCUCCUUCUCCAGCUGAAGCGCUACAGACAGGUAGGCUCUCAGGUUCAUAAGCUGCACACACCAGUUACGCUCAGCCCCGCUGCCAGGAUUGAUGUGCCGUGCUUUAUCGACGAGGCCACACUCGACACCCAGCCUGUGUCCUACAAGCUUUGCUUCGUUGUGGCACAUGAGGGUGCCAGCGUGCACGCAGGUCACUACCGUUGUGCCCUGGCCGUUGACGGUGAC